AGCAUCCGUUCUUGCGGCAGUAUCGCCUGAGGACACAGCCAUGUGGCCCCCACAGCUCCUCACCCUCAUGAUGCUUUUAGCAUCUGUGGUUCAUGGUGGCAAGUACAAUGAGAGACAUCCAGCCCUUGCUGCUCCACUGCGACACGCUGAGCGCAGCCCAGGAGGCGCUCUCCCUCCCAGACAUCUUCUUCAGCAGCCAGCUGCGGAGCGCGCCACUGCUCAUCGAGGACCAGGGCCGCGUGGAGCUGCCAGAGGAGUUCGUGGACCAGGUGCCCCAGGAGCACAGAUUGCAGCCCAAGCUUUCAGCCGUGCCCCGAUUCCCAUGGCAGUGGUGCGCAGAGAGCUCUCCUGUGAGAGUUACCCCAUUGAGCUCCGUUGUCCAGGCACGGACGUCAUCAUGAUCGAGAGUGCCAACUAUGGGAGAACAGAUGACAAGAUCUGUGACUCCGACCCUGCUCAGAUGGAGAAUAUCCGAUGUUAUCUGCCAGAUGCCUAUAAAAUUAUGUCUCAAAGAUGCAAUAACAGAACCCAGUGUGCAGUGGUGGCAGGUCCUGAUGUUUUUCCAGACCCAUGUCCAGGAACUUAUAAAUACCUUGAAGUGCAGUAUGAAUGUGUCCCUUAUAUUUUUCUCUGUCCUGGACUGCUCAAAGGAGUGUACCAGAGUGAACACUUGUUUGAAUCCGACCACCAAUCCGGGGCGUGGUGCAAAGACCCUCUACAGGCUUCUGACAAGAUUUACUAUAUGCCCUGGACACCCUACAGAACUGAUACCCUGACAGAGUACUCAUCCAAAGAUGACUUCAUUGCUGGAAGGCCAACAACUACCUACAAGCUCCCUCACAGAGUGGAUGGCACCGGAUUUGUAGUAUAUGAUGGUGCCCUGUUCUUCAACAAGGAGCGGACCAGGAACAUAGUAAAGUUUGAUUUGAGGACUAGGAUAAAGAGCGGAGAGGCAAUCAUAGCAAAUGCCAAUUACCAUGAUACCUCCCCAUACCGAUGGGGUGGCAAAUCUGACAUAGACUUGGCAGUGGAUGAAAAUGGAUUAUGGGUAAUCUAUGCAACAGAACAGAACAAUGGCAAAAUUGUCAUUAGCCAGUUGAACCCUUACACCCUCCGAAUUGAGGGGACGUGGGACACGGCAUAUGACAAAAGGUCAGCUUCCAAUGCAUUUAUGAUAUGUGGGAUUCUGUAUGUGGUCAAAUCUGUAUAUGAGGAUGAUGACAAUGAGGCCACUGGGAAUAAGAUUGACUACAUUUAUAACACCGACCAAAGCAAGGAUAGCCUGGUGGAUGUCCCGUUCCCUAAUUCAUACCAGUACAUAGCAGCUGUGGAUUACAACCCCAGGGACAAUCUGCUUUAUGUGUGGAAUAACUAUCACGUGGUGAAAUACUCUUUGGACUUUGGGCCUCUGGACAGUAGAUCAGGGCCAGUGCAUCAUGGACAGGUUUCCUACAUAUCUCCACCGAUUCACCUUGACUCUGACCUAGAAAGACCCCCUGUUAGAGGAGUUUCUACCACAGGACCCCUCGGUAUGGGAAGCACCACCACCAGCACCACCCUCCGGACGACGACCUGGAACUUAGGGAGGAGUACCACCCCAUCCUUGCCUGGCAGAAGGAACCGCAGCACCAGCACGCCAUCCCCAGCGGUAGAGGUGCUGGCUGACAUAACCACACACCUGCCUUCCGCAGCCUCCCAAAUACCAGCUAUGGAAGAGAGCUGCGAGGCAGUGGAAGCCAGAGAAAUAAUGUGGUUUAAGACCCGCCAGGGGCAAGUAGCGAAGCAGCCAUGCCCGGCAGGAACCAUAGGUGUAUCAACUUACCUAUGCCUUGCUCCUGAUGGGAUAUGGGAUCCCCAAGGACCAGAUCUCAGCAACUGCUCUUCUCCUUGGGUCAACCACAUAGCACAGAAGCUAAAAUCUGGAGAAACCGCUGCCAAUAUUGCUAGAGAGCUGGCGGAACAGACUAGAAAUCAUUUGAACGCUGGGGACAUCACCUACUCAGUUCGCGCCAUGGACCAGCUGGUUGGCCUCCUGGAUGUACAGCUCAGGAAUUUGACCCCAGGGGGAAAAGACAGUGCAGCCCGCAGCUUGAACAAGCUUCAGAAAAGAGAGCGCUCUUGCAGAGCCUAUGUCCAGGCAAUGGUGGAGACAGUUAACAACCUCCUUCAGCCGCAAGCUUUGAAUGCAUGGAGAGACCUGACUACAAGUGAUCAGCUGCGUGCAGCCACCAUGUUGCUUGACACUGUGGAGGAGAGUGCUUUCGUGUUAGCAGACAACCUUUUGAAGACUGACAUUGUCAGGGAGAAUACAGACAAUAUUCAAUUAGAAGUUGCAAGGCUGAGCACAGAAGGAAAUCUGGAAGAUCUAAGAUUUCCAGAGACCAUGGGUCAUGGAAAUACUAUCCAGCUUUCAGCACACACACUAAAGCAAAAUGGCCGGAAUGGAGAGAUUAGAGUAGCCUUUGUCCUAUAUAACAACCUGGGUCCUUAUUUGUCUACGGAGAAUGCCAGCAUGAAGUUGGGAACAGAAGCUAUGUCUACAAAUCAUUCUGUUAUCGUCAAUUCCCCUGUUAUUACAGCUGCAAUAAAUAAGGAGUUCAGUAAUAAAGUUUAUUUGGCUGAUCCUGUGGUAUUUACUGUUAAACAUAUCAAGCAGUCAGAGGAAAAUUUCAACCCUAACUGCUCCUUUUGGAGCUAUUCCAAGCGCACAAUGACAGGCUAUUGGUCAACACAAGGCUGCCGACUCCUGACAACAAACAAGACACACAGUACAUGUUCCUGUAACCACCUCACCAACUUUGCAGUAUUGAUGGCACACGUGGAAGUUAAGCACAGCGAUGCAGUCCAUGAUCUUCUUCUGGAUGUAAUCACGUGGGUUGGAAUCUUGCUGUCUCUUGUUUGCCUCCUGAUUUGCAUCUUCACAUUCUGCUUCUUCCGUGGGCUCCAGAGCGACCGGAACACCAUUCACAAGAACCUCUGCAUCAGCCUGUUUGUGGCAGAACUGCUCUUCCUGAUCGGAAUCAACAGAACCGACCAACCAAUUGCCUGUGCAGUAUUUGCAGCCCUUCUACAUUUCUUCUUCUUGGCGGCCUUCACCUGGAUGUUUCUAGAAGGGGUGCAGCUGUAUAUUAUGCUGGUGGAAGUCUUUGAGAGUGAGCAUUCCCGUAGGAAGUACUUUUAUCUGGUUGGCUAUGGGAUGCCUGCGCUCAUCGUGGCCGUGUCUGCUGCAGUCGACUACAGGAGCUAUGGAACAGACAAAGUAUGUUGGCUUCGCCUUGACACCUACUUCAUUUGGAGUUUUAUAGGACCAGCGACCUUGAUAAUUAUGCUGAAUGUAAUCUUCCUUGGGAUUGCUUUAUACAAAAUGUUUCAUCAUACUGCCAUACUGAAACCUGAAUCAGGCUGUCUUGAUAAUAUCAACUAUGAGGAUAACAGACCCUUCAUCAAGUCAUGGGUUAUAGGUGCAAUAGCUCUCCUCUGCCUGUUAGGAUUGACCUGGGCGUUUGGACUCAUGUAUAUUAAUGAGAGCACCGUCAUCAUGGCGUAUCUCUUCACCAUUUUCAAUUCUCUACAGGGGAUGUUUAUAUUCAUUUUCCACUGUGUCCUACAGAAAAAGGUACGGAAAGAGUAUGGGAAAUGCCUACGCACGCAUUGCUGUAGUGGGAAAAGCACCGAGAGUUCGAUUGGCUCAGGGAAAACAUCUGGUUCUCGAACUCCGGGAAGGUACUCCACAGGCUCACAGAGCCGAAUUCGGAGAAUGUGGAAUGACACUGUCCGCAAACAGUCAGAGUCAUCCUUCAUCACUGGGGACAUAAACAGCUCAGCAUCCCUCAACAGAGAGCCCUACAGAGAGACAAAGGGGCUUCUGAACAAUGCCAGGGAUACAAGUGUCAUGGAUACUCUACCACUGAAUGGUAACCAUGGCAACAGUUACAGCAUUGCUGGCGGCGAAUACUUGAGCAACUGUGUGCAAAUUAUAGACCGUGGCUAUAACCACAACGAGACUGCCCUAGAGAAAAAGAUCCUAAAGGAACUCACUUCCAACUAUAUCCCUUCAUACCUGAACAACCACGAGCGCUCCAGUGAACAGAACAGGAAUAUGAUGAACAAACUGGUGAACAACUUAGGCAGUGGGAGUGAAGAUGACGCCAUAGUCCUGGAUGACGCAGCGUCCUUUAACCACGAGGAGAGUCUGGGCCUGGAACUCAUUCACGAGGAAUCUGAUGCUCCCUUGCUACCCCCGAGGGUUUACUCCGCGGAGAACCACCAGCCACAUCACUACAGCAGGAGGCGGCUCCCCCAGGACCACAGCGAGAGCUUCUUCCCUUUGCUAACCGACGAGCACACAGAAGACCUGCAGUCACCGCACAGGGACUCUCUGUACACCAGCAUGCCGGCCCUGGCUGGCGUGCCAGCUGCAGACAGCGUGACCACCAGCACCCAGACCGAAGCCGCAGUGGCCAAGGGUGGUGACAUCGAAGAUGUUUACUACAAAAGCAUGCCAAACCUGGGCUCCAGAAACCAUGUGCACCCGCUGCACGCCUACUACCAGCUGGGGCGCGGCAGCAGCGACGGAUUCAUAGUUCCUCCCAACAAAGAUGGAGCCUCUCCGGAGGGGUCUUCCAAAGGACCCGCGCACUUGGUCACUAGUCUAUAGAAGAUGACACGGAGAUGGCAACCAACAAGACUGCUAACACCUAGUAGACCAUUCCGAGUUGAAAAUGAGCAGUGGUCAUCGUGUGUACUCUUGACAUCUGAUGCUGUUCUCAAAAGAGAGACUUUUUUUUUUUUUUUAACUUGAAUUUUUAGGUCAGCCCAGGGGAUAAAGCUAACUGCUGAGAUCUUCCUGUGCCCCAUUCUUUCCUGUCCUUUUCCCACAGAUGGAGACUUCAUUAUGUUAAUGAACGAGAUUAGAAGAAAAUGGCGCUCAUUGUGGCCUUGUUGAAUUAUGUUGUGUUUGUUUAACAUCUCUGAUGCUCUGUUACUAGAAUCACGAGGACCUGAUUUUUUUUUUAAAAGGCCAGAACAAUUGUUUGAAGUCAGUAACAAUGCUGCAUCUGGAUUGGAGUGCUGCCCAGCCGUAGAAGCAGAGCAGAACUAUAUCUCGCACGUAGCGGUUCACGGUCACUCCCAAUCUGAGUUCACCACAGCGGGAAGAGCUGUGAAAAACAAAAGCAAAACAACAAAAUUAAAAAUCUGAAAGAGGGGAAUUCUAGAAUUAUAUGCUAAAUGCAUAUUUUAUGAUUUGCUGUAUUAACUGAUGAUAAAACUAAUGGCAGAAAAAAAAUUGAACAAUUUCUAUGUAAUGUACAGAUACUAGCAUUGCGCAUAUAGUCUGCUUUCUGUUCCUCCAGAAUUUGAGUCCUGUUAAUGUAGUGAAAGAAGAAAUUUUCUUUUUCUUUUGUGCUAGUCUUGCAAGUUUGUCUACCAGUAAAAGAGCAAAGCUUCCUUUCUUGUUUU